AUGCUGGACACCGUGGGUCACGGCUGGGUCUCCCUUCUCUGGGGCAGUGGCUGCCUCCUGCACCUCUGCCCCAGCUUCCUGCUGCUGCUGGUGGCCUGGGCCACCGUGAGCAUCUGGUGCAGCGUCUGCAAACGCCGCCAGGUCUCUCCCUGGAGCUGUUGCGGGGGGAGGCACUCGGACGCCCGGGACCCAGGCGAUGAGCAGCGGGCGUCCGGCUGCAGGGCACAGGGUGGGUUCCUGUGCUACGACCUCAGCUGCAGGCCCUGCGGCGAGGCCGCCCGGGAGAGGCAGCGGCAGCUGGAGGCAGAAGCUUGGCAAAGCCCCUGGGCCUCCAGCAGGCCACAGUCGCCCUCCUCGGAGGACUCCAGCCCCUGGAGUGCACACAGCGAGCGGAGGAGACUGCCUGCCCGGCAUAGGGGGCUGCCCCAGAGGGGGCCGGGGGCCCCGAGGCCGCUGCCUCCAGCCACAGCCCCAACCGACCUCGAGCUUCGCAGCCAGGCCGACAAGCUUGCGGGGCUGACGCACGCCCUGCCAGAGAGAGCUGUCAGCCCCCAGGCCGGCUCACCCACCGCCCUGGGCUCGCGCCUGGCUGAGGGGGCUGGCAGCCUGCCCGGGGGCACCGAUCCUCGCCCCGUGUCGAGGCUGAAGCUGGGACACAAGUUCAAGAAGAGGCUGCGGAUGCACUUGAUAAAGAAGUGCACAGAGAUCCGUCUAGGAAGCUUCCCCGCCGUGGUGCAGCGAUCGUGGGAGGUGUCUGUCCGCAGCCCGGAGCGCCCUGCAGCCCCCCCACCGCUGCGCUCCACUGUGGUCCCCAAGUACUUCCACACGGCAGAGGCCCUGUUCCUGCCGGAGGAGGCCCGGGAGACCCUGGAGCUCCACAUCCGGGCAAAGAAGCUACAGCACCAGCUGCAGCACCAGCAGAGCGUAUGCAAGGAGUCGCCUGCAGCUCACGUGCCCCAGGCACCGGUCUCAGCCCCCCAACACCAGCGUGAAGAGACCCCCGUCCAGCUGCCUGCUCAGCAUCCGCCCUGCCUUCCCCAGGCCACCAAGCACCGUGCAGAGCUGCAGCCUGAGCCCUUGCGUCCAGAGGGGGACGAUGACAGCAAGCACAAAGAACAGCAGCGACACAGGUCGGACACCCAGGGCAGCAUGUGGCUCCUGGGCGAUGCCAGGGGACUGGUCAUUUAUAUGGGCCUGCGGCUCUCCCCAACCCCCGGUGCCACAAAGCGGGCCAUCCUCAGGAUCCUGGGGUUACAUCAUCUGCGCAAAGGCUUUUUUGAUUAAACACAAAGCCCCGGCCAACAUCAGGGGAGCAAGGUCAGGCGGAAGAAACCGCAGGACCGAAGCCAGGAGGAAGGAGCACGCUGAACCGGCUGCAACUCCAGCCAUCGCAGGAGAGCCGUUCCACUGUCGUCCCCAGGCAAGACCCUCCAAGAUGGGUCAAGGAAAGAAACUCCACUCACCUUAAUCAUUACAGAAUUUACUGAUAAUCACCACCAAGAUUAGACGUGUCAGUAGAAAAAUAAAUUUUACACCAGUUUCUAUCAUACCAAGAUUUGUUUGUGACUGCUUGCAGGAGUCAGUGAAGUACAAAGUCGGGCUGACCUAAAGCACAUCAGCACACACUGUGCCCACACCCAGAAAGCAGGACUGUGCAUCUCGGCUCCAGCAGCGGCCCUUCUCCAGCGCAGGCGGCUUUUCUUUGGCUGACCCCCCUGGCUGGGCCCUGCGGACAGGGCUUCACAGCAGCGCCCGCUCCGGGACACGGAGCCAUUUCCAUUCUUGCAAGCUCUGCCCAGCUUUUGGCAAGGUGGCACCGCAGUGCCUCAAAACUACUCAGAACUGCUCUUCCUGUAAUUUUGCCCUUUCGGUUUGGAUCUGGUUUUCUUGGAGAGGGCAUGUAGGAGAGCUGGGCCUGCACAGCUUCCUGCUGUGCUCUGGGAUCACCGGGGCCAUGCAGAGACCUCAUCCCCCUGGCUAAGACUUGUUAAGAUAAGUGAGCAUCUCACUGUUCACCUUUUACACGAGAAUUCCCCGAAAAUCUCACCACACCUGGGCACCGACAGGCCCCACGAGGUACAGCCACCCAACACCCGAGCUGUAGCCAAGCUGCAAACUUUUCACGUGAAACACUCCCCUCAAAAGAGAUGCUGGGAGAUUACAACAGGCAGGAAACAGGCCAUUUUCCGGCAGCCCACACUGGGUGGUUUUAUCCACUGAUUUUUUUUUUUU